UUGACAUGAAAAUAUUUCUAAUUGGCCCACACUUAUGAAAUGAGGAGUAUAAAAGCACUGCUUCUUUAUCCUUUUAAUCAUUUGAUUUAUAUAAACAAAAAAAAGCAAUUCACAUAAAACUAUUCUAAAAUGUCUUUUAACAAUGGACAAAACGGGGCAUCUGCAAACAAACGCCCUCGAUUCCUCAUCCGCAAUCUACUUCCCCAUUUAUUCAAUAAUACCCAAAGCGGUGAGGGGGCAAAAAAUUUGAAAAAUAAUUACCGAAAAAUCGACUACGAAACUGAAUUUAACCGAAAAUUCAAAAUGAUGGCAACAACAGGGAAGUUUAUUAUUGAAAAAGUACCUGAGAAUCCAGAGGAGUUGUUGAGAGAAAUUAUUCAAGACUGUAUUGAUCAAACUGUGGAGGAAUCAAGGAAUCAAUCAGUCGAACCUGAUCGAUUAGGCGCUAUAAUCUCCUCACAGUUGCUUGAUAACGAAAUAUGGAUACCUAUUAGAAAGUUGGAAAAAGAUACAGUGGACAACAUUUUAACCAGAUUCCAGCUAGUUUCUCAGUCUAAAAUAGAAAAGGGAUCAUUGUAUGGUCAGCCAUUCACAAUAAAAAUCCAGACGAAGUGCACCACAAGGCAAUAGA